AUGGGUUUCCUCGAUGUCCUCACUGACGGCGGCCUCGCCGUGCUGAACAGCUGGCUCGAGACUCGCUCCUACAUCAUCGCCGCGCCUGCGAACACGGGCGCCGUCACCCUUCUCGAGUAUGACUUGCCAUCUGCUCUUGGUGCCGCGGUGCAAUCUUCGUGCCUACGCCCCCUGCCCCAACCCCAUACAAAGCCCAACCUUCUACUGGUUUCUUUCCAUGAUGAGAACAAUUGCUACGCUCCCACCCAGGCCGACGUUGCUACUUUCAAGGCCCUCAAGUCGUCCCCUGACGCCGCCAAGUACCCCCACGCCGCAAGAUGGUACAAGCACAUUGCCACCUUCGAGGAUGAGUUCGCCACUCUCUCCGGCGAUGCCUCUAAGCCCUACACCGCCUACGGCCCUGACAAGGCUGAGGCUACCCUGAACCCCGCCAAGGCACCGGCCAAGGACGAGGACGAGGACGAUGCCGAGGGUCUCUUCGACAGCGACUCCGAGGAGGAGGACGCCGAGGCCGUCAAGGCCCGUGAGGAGCGCCUGAAGGCAUACAGGGACAAGAAGGCCGCCAAGCCCAAGCCCGUUGCCAAGUCCAUUGUCACCAUGGACGUCAAGCCCUGGGAUGACGAGACUGACAUGGUGGCCCUUGAGGCCGCUGUGCGCGGUAUUGAGAAGGAGGGUUUGGUCUGGGGUGGCUCCAAGCUGGUCGCCGUCGGUUUCGGUAUCAAGAAGCUCCAGAUCAACUUGGUCGUCGAGGACGAGAAGGUCUCCACCGACGAGCUCCAGGAGCAGAUCCAGGACUUCGAGGACUACGUCCAGUCCACCGAUAUUGUUGCCAUGCAGAAGUUGUAA